AUGCCGACCUUCGCGUACUCGGGCCGGACCCGUGGGGGGCAGCCCGUCAGCGGGCAAAAAAUCGCAGACACGCUCGAUGCGGCGCUGGCCGCCCUGCGCCGUGAACAGAUCUUCGUCACCAGAAUCGAUUCAGUGCGCGAGCGGGUCUGGGCGGCGCGAACUCGCCGCGUCAAGCCCGUGCCGGCCAGAAACCUGGCGAUCUUCACGCGGCAAUUAUCGGUGAUGAUCGAUGCGGGUCUGCCACUAGUGCAAUGUCUGGAGAUUCUCGGCACUCAGGAAGAGGACAAGAACUUCAGCCGGAUCAUCCUGCAAACCCGUGCUGACAUCGAAGGGGGAACCGGUCUUGCUGACUCGAUGCGGAAACACCCGAGCGCAUUCGACUCGCUCUACACCAACAUGAUGGUGGCCGGCGAGGCAGGCGGAAUCCUCGACACCAUCCUCAAGCGGCUGGCGAUCCAUAUCGAAAAAAACGUCAAACUCACGGCGCAAGUCAAGUCUGCGAUGACCUAUCCGAUUGCCAUCCUGACGAUCUCGGCCAUUGUGGUCGGUGCCAUUCUGUGGAAGGUGAUCCCCACGUUCGCGAAUCUGUUCGCCGGUCUGGGCGCGACGCUGCCGCUGCCCACGCGAAUGGUCAUCGUGAUGAGCAACUCGCUGGUGACGUACAUGCCGUUCCUCAUCCUGGGCGGCGCGGUGCUGGCGUUCACCUACCGCAGGUUCCGCGCGACAGGGCGGGGGCGCCGUGCUGUGGACGGGGCGUUACUCAAGACACCGGUCCUGGGCCUGAUCAUCAGGAAAGAGGCGGUCGCCCGUUUCUGCCGCACGCUUGCAACGUUGCUCGGCUCAGGGGUGCCGAUUCUCGAUGGACUCGAGAUCACUGCCAAGACGGCGGGGAACGCCAUCAUCGAGGACGCGAUCAGGGUGACUCGAGCUGCCAUUGAGCGCGGCGAGACGGUUUCGGGGUCACUUCGUGGGACCAGGGCUUUUCCGCCCAUGGUGACGCAGAUGAUCAACGUGGGCGAGGCGACCGGUACGCUGGACACAAUGUUGGCCAAGAUUGCAGAUUUCUACGAAGAGGAAGUGAAUACCUCGGUCGCCGGGAUGUUGACCCUGAUCGAGCCGAUCAUGAUCGCGUUUCUUGGUGUGCUCGUGGGGAGCAUCGUUAUCGCGAUGUAUCUGCCCAUCUUCGACCUUAUCAGUCGGAUGGCCGGAUAG